UCCCGAGUGCGGAGAGAGGACCUUGCGCGCGCUGAGUGUCUAUUGGCUGAGCGUCCGGACUGAGCGAAGCCACGCCCCUUGGCGAUUUCUCUGGGGCUGCGGGCUGGAGACUGCGCACGAGAUUAUCAUGAAGAAGCUACGAAGAUCCAUUAGGAGUCACAGAAAGCAGUCAGUCAACCUCGAGAGAAGGGGAAAAUGUGCCCUUAGCAGCAGCCAGGCCAAGCCUUCUGCCCCUGCUGGCCAGGCCAAGCAGAAGGGAGAGGAGUUACUGCAUGCCUCUGUCUCCCCGUACCAUCUCUUCAGAGAUACAGCCAAUGUCGAGACUUUCCGGAGGAACUUGCUCAGCUGGUACGACCAAGAGAAGCGGGACCUACCUUGGAGAAGAUGGGUAGAGGAGGAGGCCGACUUGGACAGGCGGGCCUAUGCUGUAUGGGUGUCAGAGGUUAUGCUGCAGCAGACCCAAGUUGCCACGGUGAUCGACUAUUAUAACCGAUGGAUGCAGAAGUGGCCAACACUUCAGGACCUGGCCAGUGCUUCCCUGGAGGAGGUGAACCAGCUCUGGUCUGGCCUCGGCUACUAUUCUCGAGGCCGUCGGCUGCAAGAGGGAGCUAGGAAGGUGGUGGAAGAGCUAGGAGGUCAUGUGCCACGUACAGCAGAGACCCUACAGCAGCUCCUGCCUGGUGUGGGGCGGUACACAGCUGGAGCCAUUGCUUCCAUUGCCUUUGGCCAGGUAACUGGUGUGGUAGAUGGGAAUGUCGUACGGGUACUGUGCCGUGUCCGCGCCAUUGGUGCCGAUCCCAGCAGCACCUUUGUCUCUCAUCAUCUCUGGAGCCUAGCCCAUCAGCUAGUAGAUCCAGCCCGGCCUGGGGACUUCAAUCAAGCAGCCAUGGAGCUGGGGGCCACAGUGUGUACCCCGCAGCACCCUCUCUGCAGCCAGUGCCCUGUGCAGAGCCUGUGCCAGGCGUACCAGCAGAUGGAGUGUAAGCAGCUCUCAGCGUUGCCAGGCAGUCCUGAAGUAGAAGAGUGUGCUCUCAAGACUAGACACUGCCAGCUUUGCCUACCUCCCACAAAAUCCUGGGACCCCACGCUGGGAGUGGCCAACUUUCCUCAAAAGGCCAGCCGCAGGCCUCCCAGGGAGGAGUACUCUGCCACUUGUGUUCUGGAGCAGCCCAGAGCCACUGGGAGUCCCCUCAUCCUGCUGGUGCAAAGGCCUAACUCAGGUCUGCUGGCAGGAUUGUGGGAGUUUCCAUCUGUUGCCUUGGAGCCCUCAGAACAGCAGCCGCACAAAGCCCUCCUGCAGGAGCUGCAGAGCUGGUCCGGACCCCUCCCAGCUACACGUCCCCGUCACCUGGGGGAGGUGACCCAUGUCUUCUCUCACAUCAAACUGACGUAUCAAGUGUAUAGUCUGGUGCUAGAAGGGCAGACCCCAGUGACCCCCGCCCCUCCUGGUGCUCGAUGGUUGACUUGGGAGGAGUUCCACACUGCAGCUGUCUCCACUGCCAUGAAAAAGGUGUUCCGCAUGUAUGAAGACCAUCGGCGAGGGACCUGCAAGGGUUCUAAAAGUAAAAGAUCCCGGGUGUCUACUCCAUCAAGCCGGAAAAAACCCAGCCGGGGCCAGCAAAUCCUGGAUAGUUUCUUUCAACCUCAUAUUCCCACGGACAUACCCAACAGUGUGGCCCAGUGACAGCCCUGUGAAGCCUACCCCAAUUCCAGUCUAAUAAAAUGCUUAUUUUUGUA